UCCCAAGGUCCCCCAAUCUCAGGUGUCCUUAUCCGGUCUCCGUUUAGGGAAACUAGUUGAUCAUCAAGGUGACCGCUAUCAUGAAUAAUAAAUAAAUAAUGAAAUACUUCAAAUUUAAAUUUUUAUUAUUUAAUAUCCGUUGAAAAGCAGCACUGCAGCAUCCAGCUGCCAGCAAUAUAUUUUUUGGCAAGUGUUUUGGUCCUUUCGGCACUCGGCAGUUGGCGAACCAAUCUGGUAUGACAUGUAGCUUCUAGAAACCGCACGCGCCGCCGCACAAAAAAACCGCCAAACGGCGCAACAACAUGUGCGUGUAAAGUGGUGCCACCAAAAAGAAAGCAACACCCCAGCUCUCUCUUUCUCAUCUUCACCUUCCAAUAACACGCACUCGGUUACUCCUCCCCCCCUCAAAAAAAAUAAAAUAAUAAUAAUAAUAAAAAAAAUAAUCCCACCGAAAGUUAGGGUUUCCUCAGUUUUUGAUUUUCUUAUAAUUCAAUUCUCGAGUAGAGAAAUCUUCACUGUUAAUUUCGUUGCAACACUUAAAACAAAAACCCUAGGUAAUAUUCCUUUCACGUGAUUUUUGUUUUGAUACUGGCUCGUGACAUCUAUUUAAAUGGCUCUAAUCGGGGAUGCACUCCGUCAAGCAUUCAUGCCGAAGCACGAAUAUGAGAGUCUUCGUGAAGAAGAUAAAGCAUGGAUCAAGCUACAAAGGCCAGUUUUAGUGUCAAUUUUAGCCGCUAUUUGUUUCUUGAUUUUAGUAUGCACAAUUGUUAGCUUGAAGAUUGUGUUUCCUGGUGAUAGUGGAAAGAGGCCGUUUUGUAGUGACAGGAGACUUCAGCCUUUGCAGAUAAAUAUGAAAGGAGGUGGUGAUUCGGAUCUAUUUCCUGGUGCAUUUUAUCUUACAGAUCAAGAGACUGUCGAUUAUUAUUGGAUGGUUGUGUUUAUUCCUUCUCUUGUUAUUUUCUUGAUAUCCGCUGCUUAUCUUUGUGCAGGGCUAACCGUUGCUUAUUCUGCUCCAGCAAGACAUGGAUGCUUAACGGUGGUUGAAAAUAAUUACUGUGCUUCAAAAAGGGGUGGAGUUCGAUGUCUGUCCAUUUUGAAUAUUGUCUUUGCCAUAAUCUUUGGUCUUCUUGCGCUCUUUCUCGGAUCAAGCCUCCUGACGCUAGGGAGUAGUUGCUCCUUACCUUUGUUUUGGUGCUAUGAGAUUUCCACAUGGGGGAUGGUGAUUUUAUAUGGGGGAACUGCCUACUUUUUGAGAAGGAGAGCAGCUACAGUUCUUGAUGAUGGUGAUUUCAGUGGCAGAAACCUUGGUUUGGAAAUGUUAGAGGCAAACACCUUACAAGUCACACCGGAGGUCGAAAGGCGUGUUUCUGAAGGUUUCAGGGCAUGGAUGGGGUCAUCUCUCCUAUCUUCUGAUGAUGAAGAUGAACCAGACACUAACUCAGAAGCGCCUCAUAUGACCCGAACUACUUCUUACAGGCAGAAGGUGUGAUGUUGCAAUCAAGUAGUUCUGAUGGUGGGUAAGCAGAUUUUUCACGGAGUUACCUCAGGAGAAAGCAUAUGAAGGGAAUGGAUUUCAAUUUUGGCUUCUCAAAAUGCCCAAUUGGUACUGCUUUUGCUGGUAGUAACAUUAGAUGAAUGACCAAGACUCGGAUUUGGAUGCUGUCCACUUGAGUGGAAUGCCCGUGGCGCUUCACCCUUAUUUAGGUAUUAUACAUCAUAGGUUGUAAAUAAUUUUACGACAAUCUGUCCUUUCUAUGUUGUAAUCCAAAGUCACGGGAAAGAAGCCAGUUAUAGCUCACAAAGUGAUCGAGACCAACUGAAUCUUGUGUUUUGUUGCUAACAUUUCAUGCUUCAAAUUUUCCUCAACUUCGCUAAA